AUGGCUUCGUCCAACCUUGUUGGCCACACGGCUCGACCUCGAGUCCUAUGUCCCGAAAACCUCUCGGCCGAUGGAUUGACGCUGCUUCGCAAGACGCUCGACGUGGAUGAGAAGCAGGGCCUGACCCCCGAGCAACUCAUUGACAUGAUCCCCGAGUACGACGCACUGUUGGUGCGGUCCGAGACCAAAGUCACCGCGGCCCUGUUGAAUGCGGCGCGCAAGCUCAAAGUCGUGGCUCGUGCCGGCGUGGGUGUCGAUAACGUCGACGUCCCUGCCGCCACGAGACUGGGCAUCGUCGUGGUCAACUCGCCCAGUGGCAACAUCCAGGCGGCCGCCGAACAUACCAUCGCUUUACUCAUGAGCUUGGCGAGGAAUGUCCCGGAUGCCGAUGCGAGUCUGAAAGCUGGCAAGUGGGAGAGAAGCCGUCUGGUCGGUGUCGAGGUCAAAGGCAAGACUCUGGGGAUUGUGGGACUCGGGAAAGUCGGUCUUAUAGUCGCUCGUAUGGCUCGUGGCCUGGGGAUGAACGUGGUCGCCGCAGACCCGUAUGCGUCUCAAUCGGUCGCGGCGGCGGCCAAUGUCAUUCUCGUCGAAUCCCUCGCGGAACUCCUACCUCGGGCCGACUUCCUCACCAUCCACACGCCCAUGCUGGCGUCGACCCGCGGCAUGCUCUCUAGCACCGAACUCAACCAGAUGAAGCGUGGAGCACGCAUCCUCAACGUUGCCCGGGGCGGGAUUGUCGACGAGAAGGCUCUCCUGUCCGCGCUCGACUCGGGGCACAUCGCCGGGGUGGCCGUCGACGUGUUCACGAGCGAGCCUCCGACCAAGGACCCGGACUCGGCUGCCGCGAGGCUCGUGCAGCAUCCCAAAUGCAUUGCGACCCCGCAUCUCGGGGCCUCGACGGUCGAGGCACAGGAAAACGUGUCCAUGGACGUGUGCGAACAGGUGCUGCAAAUCCUGGCGGGCGACUUGCCGCGCAGCGCGGUCAACGCUCCGAUCAUCCUGCCGGCCGAAUACAAGACGCUGCAGCCGUUUGUUCGCUUGGUCGAGAAAAUGGGCUCCUUGUACACGCAGCACUUUACGUCGCCGAGGCAGCCCGCGCAGAGAAACAUCAACACGUUCGAUCUCAUCUACGAAGGCGAGAUCACGCACAUGUCAAGCACCAAGCCCCUGUUCGCAGCCUUGAUCAAGGGGCUCACGUCGCCCAUCUCGGACGCGGAGGGGUUCAACGUCAACAUUGUCAACGCCGAGACGGUGGCCAAAGAAAGGGGCAUCUUCGUCAACGAGCAGAAAUCCCGCGACCCCAGUACCCAGGCUCAGGCUUACAGCAGCCUGGUCACUCUGGUCGCUCGGGCCGGGGCCGGAGCUGGAGCCGGAUCGGAAGGGCUGGUCAGCACGACGGGCACAGGCCAACAGCGGGAGAGUAGCAGUAGCACGCAACAUAUCAUCUCUGGAUACUGCAGUGACAACUCGCCCUUCAUCUCACGACUCGGUCGGUUCUCGACCUCGUUCGUGCCGGAAGGGAAGCUGCUCAUCUGUCACAACUACGACUCCCCGGGCAAGAUCGGCGUCGUGGGCAGCGUCUUGGGCCGGCAGGGGGUCAACAUCAACUUUAUGAGCGUCGCCCCGGCCACCUUUUCUGGUUCUGGUUCUGGUUCUGGUUCUGGUUCUGCCUCUGCGGCUUCCCCGACCGGCAUCAAUGGGAGUGGAAGUGGGAUUGGCAGUGGUGGUGGCGGUGGAGACGGCGCCGAGCCGGUUUCCUCCAAAGAGACCACCGAGGCUCUCAUGAUACUGGGUGUUGACAAGGAAGUAGGAGACGACGUCAAGACGGAGCUGGUGGGUGCGAGGGGGGUUUUGAACGUGAGUAGUGUUACGCUGUGA